AUGGCGAAGAACUCCACCCCACAGUCUGCAGACCAGGUCAAGCCGGGCACGUUGGCCUUGGCUCCGCUACCAGAUCCUCGAGGCGGGUGUGAAGCAGCGCUACAGUUUCAGGACUGGAUGGAGGUUGCGGGCUCUGUUUUGUCUGACGUUUCGGAGCUAAGCGGUCAAUGGUGGAAGGAGGUUGUGUCCAAUGUUGAGACUACAUACUCCCGAUGGCUAGCAGCUACUCCACUGGAGAGAUUGAGUAUAACACCGGUGGGUUCGGAUGAGCUCACAAAUGGGAGAUGGACCAGGCUGAACGCAAGGGUGUCUUCGAUGCUGCUUACGGCAAUGGGCGAGAGUCUUCGAUCAGAUAUGGUGGCCCAGCGCCUGACACAGGACACGGUUCGGAUGGUCUUCAGGCUCCACACAACCUUCGAACCAGGAGGCUCAGCGGAGAGACAUGAUGUACUGAGGAGAUUGCAGGCGCCAAGCGAGUUCGUUGCCACGGAGAGUCUGGAGGACACUUUGAAGGCCAUUCGAUCAUGGCCCAGGUGGCUGGCACGAUGCAAGGCAGUCAACAUGAACCCGCCAGACGCAUCGGUACUGGCCCGAGGCUUGAUGGCGAUGUCUUCCAAGCACAUCAAUGGGUCGCCUGACGCCGCGUUCCGCACCAGUAUGUUACGGACCUCUCUACGACUAGACGGCCAACCGUCCCUGGAACAGGUCUCAGCUUAUCAGCGGCAUCUACAAGCAGAGCUGGAAACUAUGGCGAGCGCGGCGAGUUCUACCACCCAGGCACUACCGGGACUACGAGCUAUCGAGAAGGCGACCUCACCGAAGGGACCCAAGGAGAAGGGAUCAGGGGCUCCGACGGACCUUUGCCGGUACUUCCUCAAGCCGUCAGGUUGUAAAAGGGGUUCCCGUUGCACAUACUCACACUCCAUGGCCUCCCUCGACAAGGAAACCCGAAGUCGUAAAUGUCUUCAGUGUGGGGCAGAAGGUCAUCGACAGAAGGACUGUCCAGUGGCUAAGGGUGGCCCACGAUCUACCACUCCGGCGUCACCAACUGGAAAGGGCCAGCGACCACCGGGAACAGAGGCCCCAACAGUCUCAACUAUGACCCCAUGCUCCACUCCGGCUUCUACGUUGAUGAGCUCUACGGCAACGGUGGCAGGAACGCCAUGGACCUUAGAAGCAUUGGUGCAAGCCGCGCAGCAGGUUGUCCAGCCUCAGGGAAGUGAAAGCCGUGAAGACCGGAGUCCAGAGAAGGUUAAGCCAGAAGUGAGGACGCUGGUUGUGAAGGAUAUCAAGAUCUCCUCCUUGGGGCUUCCGUCAUCGGCCCUUCUGGACUCAGGCGCUACACACAGCCUCCGCAAUGCCUACAACCAGGACGAAUGGAGAAAUGCGGAAGAUGUGGUGGUGCAGCUUGCAGGGCAAAACAAGCUCACGAUGAAGCUGUCGAAGGGCGGCACUCUGCUGAUGCCUCCCAGGGCGGAAAGGAUGUCUUCUUCCUCAGCCGAGGCAGCGGGCGGAGGUACAAUCGUCUCAAUGGGCGAACUAGUGAGCACGCUGGGAUACACCUUGGUGCGGGGGCCUGACCAGUGUCUGUUGAGGACAUCGGAAGGUGAGAACAUCCCGCUGGCCACCCAAGGUGGAUGCCCGCACCUUUGCGAAGCGGAAGCUUUGGCACUGAUAGCCAGAUUGGAGGACCGGAAGCUCGAGCGGUUGGAGAAUGAAGCGGCUACUACAAUGGACCGCGUGGAGAUGGCCGCCAUGCAGAUGGAUCGCAGCUGGUUUGAGUCACUCCAGGAGUAUGUCGAGGGUGAUUCAGUGGAAGCGGGCGUGCGCAGUCUGAGGGACGCAGAGUUUCUACGGUUGGUUCCAGGAGAUUGUCUCGACGGGCUUAUCCAAGGAGGAAUGUUCACUUCCUCACAAGGCCCCAGAGGAGAUAUCUCUGGAACGCGUGCUGGGGCGGAGGGGCACUACCAGAUGUUCCACCUCGAUGAUAAUGGCACGGCCGUGAUUGAGAUCGACCUGCAGCGAUGUCGAGGCCAUGAUCUCAUGGAUCCUUCGGUAUGGAGCAUGUUAUGUUGGGGUGCCAUCAAUGGAAAGAUAGAUGGAGUUCUCGGAGGACCCCCAGGCCGAAGUGGUGUGAGAGACCGAGCACUACAUGAAGGCGAAGGUGGGAGUAAGAACUUGAAGCUCAUAACUCGGAUGUUGUGGUUGUAUGCAAUGGCAAGCGCGGCACGGAAGUGUACUAUGUCAGGGAGCAACCGCAACCGGCCAGUCGCUCUGAUGAUCGAACAUCCGGCAGAAGAUGUAUGUCGGGGCGAAUCGCUGUGGACAACACCGAUGUGGAGAGCCUUUGAGGAGGAGAUGGGCAUGAGCAAACUCACCUUCAACCAGGCGGCGAUGGGAGGCGAAGGCGUGAAGACCACGGUGGGCACCAACGUCUACUACUUGAUGGGUUGGGACCAAGUGGGCCUGGAAGAUGAGGCAGAGAACACAGCAAUGGAGGGAUCCAGUGGAGUAUGGAGUCCAGGCUUUGUGAGCGCACUGGUGUUGGCAAUGAAGUUUUGGGCGAGAUCCCCAAGGUGCUGUCCUACGGUCUCUAAGUUGAGUGCAGAGCAAUGGGAGAGGCACGUUCGAUCAAAUCAUGCGGACUACCAGAAGGAUUGCUUGACCUGCGUUAUGGGCCGGGGCACAGGACGUCGACAUGCUCGAGUUCGGCAUCCUGACAUGUUCGCCUUGACGGUGGAUGUUGCUGGACCAGUGAAGCCGGGACUUGAUGUUUCUUCGAAGGGGACGAUGGGAAAGGGGUUGCGCUACAUGAUGGUGGCCAAGUACGUGUUCCCCAGGGAGUAUGUCAAGGGCUACACCGGUUGCGAUCCUCCGGAGGACCAUGGCCUUGAGAAGGAAUAUCAGCAGCACCCUAGCAAUGUUCCAGCAGAGCCUCAGCUUGACCAGGAAAUCGCAGGACCUUCUCUACCACAACCGCUUGAUGGAGGGUGUGAUCAACAGCAACCUAGCAAUGUUCCAGCAGAGCCUCAGCUUGACCAGGAAAUCGCAGGACCUUCUCUACCACAACCGCUUGAUGGAGGGUGUGAUCAACAGCAACCUAGCAAUGUUCCAGCAGAGCCUCAGCUUGACAAGGAAAUCGCAGGACCUUCUCUACCACAACCGCACGACGGAGGGGGUACACAACAGCGACCAGUCAAUGCUCCAGUAGAGCCACAGCCCAACGAGGAAAUCGCAGGACCUUCUCUACCACAACCGCUCGAUGGAGGGGAUCCGUUUAGUAUUGAUGAGUUGGAGUCAGGGUUCCAAGAGUCGUCUCUCCCGAUAGACGAUUUACAGCAUUUCUCAGGUGCGGUACCCGAUCCGGAAGAAGAUGAUCGUGAAGCCACACAGGGUCUGCUGGGGGGUUCUAGGAGGCAACAGCGGGAGUUUGUAGACUACGAAGACUCGUUGUACGAACCGUCUCUACCAGAUCAGCCGGAGGAGGACGAUGAGCCAGGUGAUGGGGAAGAUCCACAUGCACCACAACCGCGCGCAGUGAUUCAGGACUGUGAGGCACCAGAGUCGACCUACUUGUUGUUUGCAAGACCACUGCCUACCAAUGGUUCCAGUAUAGUCAAAGGCGCUAUCCAGGAUGUGAUCCUUUAUCUACAGUCACGCGGGCUACCUGUAUGUCGGCUUCAUUCGGACAAGGGGGAGGUCUACUGCCACAGCAUCCGGACAUGGUUGCGAGAUCAAGGCAUAAGGGCUACCUUCUCCGAGCCCGGCAUUCCGCAGGGCAAUGGGGCAGCAGAGUCGGCUGUCCGAUGGCUAAAGGACAAGGCCCUCACAUUGCUAAUUGGAGCGAGGCUGCCAACAAGGCUAUGGCCUACUGCGGUAGAGGCAGCGGCGGCAAUGCAGAGAUCCAGAGUCCUAGGAGGACAAAGUCGACUACUUGCUCCCUAUGGUGCGACAGUCUACCUCAAGCAGAAGGCGUUUGACUCCUCGGGUCCUAGACGUCGUGAACGAGCGUUUGAGACGAAGUGGAUCAAGGGACAAUAUGUCGGGCUUAGCAACAUCCUUGACAGAGGCCACGUGGUGUUCAUUCCGGCAUCCGAAGGGCGUGGUGAAAGGUUCUUGCACACGUUUCAUGUGAGAGCUGGACUUGUUGACCCAGGAGGACCUGAUGGAAGCCACCUAGAACCAACACCGCCGAAGCCCAGGAGGAGACUGCCUGAGAAAACCCCUAUGGAAGAUGUGGAGUUGAGGUCGUUGUCGCUGUCCCCUGAGGAUUUGGUGGAGUACAUCAAGGACCGGUCAAGGGUGCUUCUUGAUGAUUGGAGUCAACCGGAUUGCAUCAAACUGGUUGAGGAACUGAGCGAGUAUGGCUUCUUCGAUGACUUGAAGUUCGGGGUGUUUCGUCAUGGAGGAUCGGUUGGUUGGUUAAAGAACUUCAAGGAGUUCCCGGAGCUAGCCAAGGUCCUAUCACGCAUCAUCCUUCACGACCAUCCGGAGGCAACGUUCACAGCUAUAAUGGUGGCUCGUGGCAACGAAAAGGGGAUGCAUAGGGACUUCAAUAAUGACAGUCAGGCGGUGAACUAUGUCAUGCCGAUCACGGUGCCGAAGAAGGGAGGCGAGCUUUGGGUUGAGUUGGGACCUGGAGAUAAAGUUUCUGGGGCCGUGAUAGAGCGCCGGGACGAAAAGGACCGACCAAGGUAUGGACAAGUUCUACCACUCAGUCGAGGCCAUUGCAAUGUGUUUUCACCCAGAAGACUCCAUGAAGUUCUACCUUGGGAAGGAAGUAGAGUGGUUCUGAUUGCCUACACGCCACAAGGGCUUGGAAAGGUCACCGGGGAAAUGAUCCAUGAGCUUGAGGAGUUCGGGUUUGCACCACCCCUGACCCAGUACCCGGAGUAUUUCCUGCUGAAUCAGGAGGAGCUGGACAAGGAAGUGAACGUGAUGAAGGUUGGCAAUCACCCCCAGGAGGAGAUCAAGGCGAGCAGUGAUGACCAGAUCGAGGACUCGGAUGUGGAGGACUGGGAGAUGUUCUUGGACACCGAUGGGGGCAAGGUCAAGAUUGGGAGCUCAGAGUAUCCUCCUAAAGAAGAGUUUCCAGUGGGCAUGAGAAAAGUCGAGGUGACCUACACAAAGGACGUCGAGAACAUCAUUGCGAACCUCAAGGGACCAUUGGCAGUAACGUAUACGGCCGACCCAAAGGAGGUGUAUGAGCACUUGGACAAGUGGGCCCAAGCCAUCUGCAAGGAAGUUGAUGGCGUAAGCGUGGCAAUCAGAAGGUUGUUACCACAGUCUGAAGAAAGUGCAGAAUGGUUCCGAAGACCUGGUGCUCAACGACUUCCAGCCAAGAUGGUUUUCACCAUCAAGCCGGGGGACCACCCCCAGCCGGACAAGCCGGAGACAUGGUACAAGCGCAAGGCACGGCUUGUGGUUUGCGGAAACUUUGCUUCAGGCUCAGAAGAGGAUCUCUAUUCCGAGACCGCUCCUUCGGAAGCGGUGAGGGGGGGAUUGACGAUGACUCGCAAGCAGCCUUCCUUCGGACCCCGCUUGAUCCCGCAGCUGGUGAUCCAACUAAUAUUGCGAGACUGGUCUCAUUUUGCCUUCGCCGGCUUGACUCAAAAGGGCCCUCUGCGGUAG